AGUACAGACGGUUCGUACUUCGUUCGGAUUUUAUAAGUAUUACAUUAAAAAUUCAAAAAUCGUGUCCACAUUAGUUUUUCGUGUAAAAUGACAUAAAUCAAAACGCGACGUAACCAAAGUCCAAAAAAAAAUUGUUGUAUUUUUUGUACUUGGAUUGAAAAUUAACAAUAUUGACAAUAAGAAUAAUAAUGUGAAUACAAUUUUAUCUCGCUUUGACGGCACACCGUACCUACAAUAUCUAUAUAUGCGAUAGAUAUUGUUGAUUAGAUUAUAAAUUGUGUUUGUUUAUUAUUUAAAUUGUUGUCGUAUUAAACAAAAAACUAAAUAACUCAUACACAAUGACCCACAGUUACACAGAAGAUACAUACAAAAACAUGCUCUCGCAGUUCCGAACAAACGAUUUGCAAGCAUUGUUAGGUGCUUUCGGCUUUAACAGAGCAGGUCGAAAAUCGGAAAUCAGAGAUAGAGCUGUUGAGUUGUUGAGAAAUCGAGCUGUCGGCUUCAAUUUAACUGCAUAUUUAUCAAAAAUUGUUGAAAUUCACCGGUCGAUCCAAAGUAAUGAUUUGAACAUGAUACGUAACAUUUUGCCGAGCCACCCGCGACAUAGUAUGAUGCCGAUGAACAUGCAGCCUCAACAAAUGCAACGGUUCCCACCGCCUCAGUAUUCACAACAGACAAUGCAUAUAACUCGAGCUGGACUACCGCAAGGCAUGCAGCCAAUGCAAAGAACCAUGUGUGGCAACAGUACCAUGCAAUACAAUUAUCAAACGGGAGCUCCACGUGGUCUAGUACCGCAGAUGCUUGCUAAUCCACAGAAUAUGGUGCUACCCGAUCCAAUGGGAUAUAACUUAAGCCCUAAUAAUCUUGGAAAUAGUUUCAACCCUACGGCUCAACCCCAGACCAACUUCAAAUUAAAAAAAUUACCGUUUUACGAAGUCAUCAGUGAAAUAAUUAAACCAACAACCAUGGUUGGCCAAGAAAGAUGCAGUAUACCGAAUCCCCCUCGAGGCAUGUGUGAAUCGAAUUUCAAAAUCCGUUUAUUGCCCGAGGAUGCCACUCAUAUAUCUAUGAAUCGUGAUAUGACCAACGGCAAGAAUGAAUAUUUGUAUCAGGUACAAAUUCGAAUUUGUCUCUCCGAACCAGGUCUGAAUGAGAUUUCGGAUUUCAUGCCUCUGGGUCUUCACAUCCGUGUUUGCGGCAAGGUUUGCCCAUUGCCGCCGACAACGCCCAACACUAGACCGGGCACCGAGGCGAGACGAACUCCUAGGCCCAUUAACUGUACUCAGCUUAUGAAACUCAGCCCAAUCGUUGUUAACAACAUAGUUAUAAAUUGGAACCCCGAUGGGAAAACCUAUGUAAUAAGUUUGUACUUGGUAAAAAAGUUGACUUCGGAGAUUUUAUUAAAACGACUAGAAGACAAAGGUACACGAAGCGCAGAAGAAACGAAGAACAACAUUAUAGCAAAACUAGCUGACGUCGAUCCUGAUUUAGCCACUACUUCUUAUCGUUUUUCAUUAGUAUGUCCGUUGGGUAAAAUGAGAAUGACGUUACCCGCUAAAUCCGCUAAAUGUGAUCAUUUACAAUGUUUUGAUGCGAAAAUUUUCAUUCUGAUGAAUGAGAAAAAACCAACGUGGAUGUGUCCCACGUGCAGUAAACCAUGUAUUUACGAUGACAUACAAAUAGAAUCGUACUUCUUAGAAGUGGUGACAAGCCCCAGUCUUCCUGACGAUUGUAAGGAAAUAGAAAUUAUCGCUGACGGUACUUGGAAAGUGUACGAAGAGGAAAAAGAACCUAAGAGUUCAGGAAGCGUUCCUAAUCCGAAAGAAAAGCCCAUCGAUUCAGUAGAUUUGGACGACGACAGUGACGACGGCAACACGGACAACUCGACUAUCCAAAAACCAGAAGUUAAACCAGUAUCUGCAAUCGCUAAGGAGUCUGAAAAAUUGAAAUCGGCCCUUAUUGAUUUGACCUUGAGCGAUGAAGACGACAAUGACAAACCCAGACAAGAGAACGAAGCUCAAGCAGCCGAUGCAGCACAACCGGCUGUUGAAGUCACGUCAAAACCAUUUGCACAAGUGCAACCUCAACAAGCAGUGACUAGUUCAGAACAAGGUGUAAUAAUAGAAUUAGAUAGCCCUUCGCCGCCAUCAACGAGUCCACAACUUCCUGCUACUCCGCCGCCUCCAACUGACAAUACGACCGAAGAACCCCAGUAAACGAAUACUGCGUUUACCAUAAUACGUUUUAAUUGUCAUUGUGUUCAUUUUUUUUAAUAACUCAAACACUUCCAUUUGGGUUAUGUUGUUCGACAACAAAAUAAAAUACCAUUUUGUUUUAAUUACAAGAUGACUGUAAUCCAUUAAUUUUGUAUCAAAAAAUUUUUUUUUACCAGUAUUAAGAAUAUAAUUCAGCUUUUUCUAAAAGAUAGAAUGAAUACUUAAAAGUUAUUUCAAUCUGACUUUGCAAUGUAUUAAAUUCGACUAAAAUUUCCAAAACUAAUUUAUAUAUAACUUAUACUUUCGAUAAAUAUUGGCUUAAGAAAUG